AUGUCAAAAGUAUCAAUUGCAAUUUUCGGACUUCAUGGUUUCUUAGGUGAACCAACAUUAGAAGCUAUUAAAUCAGGUAAAUUUGAUUCCAAAAUAGCUUAUCCAAUAAAAGCCAUUACAAGAAAAAGUGAUUUAAAAUCAACAGAUAAAAUUGAAUAUGUAACAGUAUCAGAAGUUUCUGCCAAUGAUUCAAAUUUAAUUUCAGCAUUAAAGGGAAUUGAUGUAAUUAUUGAAUUAACAGGACCAGAUCCAAAAGUAUUUUCAGAAUUAGAAAAAAUUACAGCAGAAAUUAAACCGAAAUUAUUUAUUCCAUCACAAUUUGGAACAGAUAUUGAUCAAGUAGAUACUUAUGCUCCAGGUUUUUUAGCUUUAAAAUCACAACAUUCAGCAGCAUUACGUAAAACAGGUACUAAAGUAGUUGAUAUUAUAACUUCAUUAUUUAUAGUUCCUGGUAAAUUCUUAUAUGAAUGGGUUGGAGCUGCUGGUAUUACUGAAGAAGGUAUAAAUGUAAUUGGUGACAUUAAUCAAAAAUUUAACGUUUCAACAUUACCAGAUAUUGGAUAUACAGUAUUAGCAGUUGCUACUUACAAUCCAAUUUCAAAAUUACCUGAUAUUAUAAGAAUUGGAUCAGAUACUAUAACUUUCCAAGAUGUAAUUGAUCAAUACUCCAAGGCUCAUAAUAAAAAUUUAAAAAUUUUAUCAACUAAAUCAGCUGAAGAAGGUAAAAAAGAAUUUCAAGAAAAAUUAUCUUCUGGUUUUAAUUUAAAUGAUUUUUUAUUUUAUUUACAAGCUAUUGCUGCUCAAGGUUUAGAUAAGGGGUUAUAUUUUAGUAAAUUAGAUAAUGAAUUGGUUAAUCCUGGUGAAAGUAUUUGGAAAUGGGGUAAAUAUCAAAAAUGA